AGCUCUGUGAUUGGCCAUCAGACGGCGCCGUGGCGUGAUGCGCUGCGGCGCUGACCAAUCGGUUGAGAGCUGAGCUGGACUUGGCUGUGGGAGCCGGAGCUUGGUUCUUGGGACUGUGAGUGCGGACUGCUCUAGCCAGGUGAGCAGCGCCGGCCAGACUAUGGCGACAUAUCAGGAAUUCAUUCAGCAAAAUGAAGAACGGGAUGGUGUGCGUUUUAGUUGGAAUGUGUGGCCUUCCAGCCGUCUGGAGGCUACGAGAAUGGUUGUUCCCCUGGCUUGUCUCCUUACUCCUUUGAAAGGACGUCCAGACUUACCUCCUGUGCAGUAUGAACCUGUGCUUUGUAGCAGGCCAACUUGCAAAGCUGUUCUCAAUCCACUUUGUCAGGUUGAUUAUCGAGCAAAACUCUGGGCCUGUAAUUUCUGUUUCCAAAGAAAUCAGUUUCCUCCAGCUUAUGCAGGCAUAUCUGAGGUGAAUCAACCUGCUGAAUUGAUGCCCCAGUUUUCUACAAUUGAGUAUGUGAUACAGCGAGGUGCUCCAUCCCCUCUGAUCUUUCUUUAUGUGGUCGACACUUGCCUGGAGGAAGAUGACCUUCAAGCACUCAAAGAGUCCCUGCAGAUGUCCCUGAGUCUCCUUCCUCCAGAUGCUCUAGUGGGUCUGAUCACAUUUGGGAGGAUGGUACAGGUUCAUGAACUAAGCUGUGAAGGAAUCUCCAAAAGUUACGUCUUCCGAGGGACCAAGGAUUUAACAGCAAAGCAAAUACAGGAUAUGCUGGGCCUGACCAAGCCAGGCAUGCCCAUGCAGCAAGCAAGACCUGCUCAACCCCAGGAACACCCUUUUGUUUCAAGCAGAUUUCUGCAGCCUGUUCACAAGAUAGACAUGAACUUCACUGAUCUUCUUGGGGAGCUGCAGAGGGAUCCAUGGCCUGUAACUCAGGGGAAGAGACCUUUGAGAUCCACUGGUGUUGCUUUGUCCAUUGCUGUUGGCUUGUUAGAGGGCACUUUUCCAAACACAGGAGCCAGAAUCAUGUUGUUCACUGGAGGUCCCCCAACCCAAGGGCCUGGCAUGGUGGUUGGAGAUGAGUUAAAGAUUCCUAUUCGUUCCUGGCAUGAUAUUGAGAAAGAUAAUACCCGUUUCAUGAAAAAGGCAACCAAGCACUAUGAGAUGCUUGCUAAUCGAGCUGCAGCAAAUGGUCACUGCAUUGAUAUUUAUGCUUGUGCUCUUGAUCAAACUGGACUUUUGGAGAUGAAGUGUUGUACAAAUCUUACUGGAGGGUACAUGGUUAUGGGAGAUUCUUUCAACACUUCUCUGUUCAAACAGACAUUCCAAAGAAUUUUUAGUAAAGACUUUCAUGGGGAUUUCCAAAUGGCAUUUGGUGCUGCUUUGGAAGUAAAGACCUCUCGGGAACUGAAGAUUGCAGGAGCCAUUGGUCCAUGUGUAUCUCUGAAUGUGAAAGGACCGUGUGUGUCAGAAAACGAGCUUGGUGUCGGUGGCACAAGUCAGUGGAAAAUCUGUGGCCUGGAUCCCACGUCUACACUUGGCGUCUAUUUUGAAGUAGUCAAUCAGCACAACGCCCCAAUCCCCCAAGGAGGCAGAGGUGCCAUCCAGUUUGUCACACAGUAUCAACACUCCAGCACCCAGAGACGCAUCCGUGUGACCACCAUUGCCCGAAAUUGGGCAGAUGCACAGAGUCAGCUUAGACACAUAGAAGCAGCAUUUGACCAGGAGGCCGCAGCAGUCUUGAUGGCACGGCUGGGAGUGUUCCGAGCAGAGUCAGAGGAAGGGCCCGAUGUGCUCCGGUGGCUGGACCGACAACUCAUCCGACUGUGUCAGAAGUUUGGACAGUAUAACAAAGAAGACCCCACUUCUUUUAGGUUAUCAGACUCCUUUUCUCUAUAUCCUCAGUUCAUGUUCCAUCUUAGAAGAUCUCCAUUUCUUCAAGUGUUUAACAACAGUCCUGAUGAGUCAUCAUACUACAGACACCAUUUUGCACGGCAGGAUCUGACCCAGUCCCUCAUCAUGAUUCAGCCCGUUCUCUACUCCUACUCUUUUCAUGGGCCACCAGAGCCAGUUCUCUUGGACAGCAGCAGCAUUCUAGCUGACAGAAUUUUGCUGAUGGAUACUUUCUUCCAAAUUGUCAUUUAUCUUGGUGAGACCAUAGCCCAGUGGCGUAAAGCUGGAUACCAGGACAUGCCUGAAUACGAAAACUUCAAGCACCUUCUGCAGGCACCAUUAGAUGAUGCUCAAGAAAUUCUGCAAGUGCGCUUCCCCAUGCCACGCUACAUUAACACGGAGCAUGGAGGCAGUCAGGCUCGAUUUCUUUUGUCCAAAGUGAACCCAUCUCAGACGCACAAUAACCUGUAUGCUUGGGGACAGGAAACUGGAGCACCCAUCCUAACUGAUGACGUCAGCCUGCAGGUAUUCAUGGAUCACCUGAAGAAGCUGGCUGUCUCCAGUGCCUGCUAAUCUGAGGAUGUGACCAGGAAAUUGAAGAAAACACUGUCAGAUCAUGUUCACAAUUGUUUAUAAAGGCUUAUUAGUAACAUGCCUUUCACUUUGCUGGCAGAUUUUAAUAAAUAAUCAAAGGGAAUUUUGUAUGUAACUCUUUAGAUUAUAAUUUAUUUGUAUUUCUUAUCUGUGCUCUUUUUCUUGCACCAUAAAAUUAUAAGGUCAUAAAUGUUUUGGUACUUGUAGAUGUUUAUUGCUUUUUAUAUCCUAACUUUUAUAGUAUAAAUAAAAUCAGAGGUAAUGUAUUUUGGCAACUUUUUAGAUGAAAAUCUUUGUAAUCAUAGAGGAAAUAAAUCUGGAUGCGGAAAGUACUGGCUAAAAUAAUGCUAAUACAGAUUUGGUUUCCUGAGGUCUCUGUGUGAGAGUGUGUGUGUGUGAGUGUGUGUGUGAGUGCGUGUGUGUGUGUGUGUGUGUUGUUUUCAGUGACUCACUUGAGAGGUAUUUCCUGAGAUUAAUCCUUAUUUACUGUCUAAAUAUUAACAGACCAAAGAAAAGAAUAAAAUGUGUGAAACUCUAUUGAGGCAGAGUGGUUUGGAGUGGCCUUGUCCCUAAAUCAUAAUGUGUAACAUUCUGUGUAAACAGUCCAGCCCAGGUGGGCAUAAAUUAGAGUGGCUGAUGGGCAUAAGUGCUUCCAACAGAAUGACGACACAUUUAUCUUGGGCAUCAAGUAGAAUAACUUGAACAGGUACUGUUUUUUAGUCAAAGUAAUAUUUAUGCACGGUCAAAACAAAACAAACACCUUAUCCUGAAGAGUUUAUAAUAAUAGUGGUUCUGUUUACUCCCUAAAACUUGAUCUACUGUUCACAGGGAACUUCUUUUAACCUUUCUUUACAAGUUUUUUGUUGCUGAUAUAUUCAGUUUUAGCCAGUAUCUCUCGAUUCCCAUUUUCAUAGAAUGAGGAUAUUUGGACUUUUCUCUCCACCCUCCAGUUUUGGUCAGCUAUACCUUUAUUUUUAUAUUAUCACGAUUGGUAAAAUUUAUAUUCUGGCCUAUAACCAUACUUAUAUUUUUUGUUACUAAGUUGAUUGUGAAAGCUGAAAGCUAAUAAAGGGCAUUUACACAAUUGUGAUGAUGCAAAUAUUGUUCAUGUUUGAGUCAAAUAGUAUUACAGGCAUAUCUUGGUUCCAGACCGCUGCAGUACAGCGAACACCACAAUAAAGCCAGUCACACAAACUUCUUGGUUU